AUGCAACAAUACCCGAAACUAAAUUUGCUAAAAGUUCAUGAAGCGAUGAGCACUUUACGACCAUCACUAAAAGAAGCGAGAACUCAAUUAAUUAAAGAUGUUCGUUACCUGAAAGUGAUGAAACCAAAAGCAACUGAUGCAGAUUCAAAUGAAAAUGAUUGUAAUGAUACAACUGAUUCAGAUGAUCGAGCAAUACAGCUAUUGGAUGAACAGCAAUACUUAUAUGACGAGUUAGCUUUAAAUUAA